AUGACCAACAUGAUUGUCUACGCCAUUCAUAAUUUUGAAGCAGAGAACGAAGACGAAAUUAAUUUUCUAAUUGGAGAGCCUAUUACUGUAUUAGAGAAAGAUGAAAAGUAUCUAGAUGGAUGGUGGCAGGGACGAAAUAUCAAUGGCGAGACAGGUCUCUUUCCUAUGAACUACACUUCUCCCGAGAAACCCAUCCUUCAACAACAAUCCACUGACACUGAGCAUUUUGAAGCUGAAGCUCCUCCACAACAUCCAACCAUGACAUCGCCACUACCACUACCCCAAUUAGCAGCCAACAGUUACAUACCCAGUCCACAUUUAUCCUCUCGUUCAUCUGGAUCCACUAUUGAAGACGAAAUCGACGACGCAUUAUCUCAAUUACAGAAUGCGACGAUGACGGCCACUGUAGCUACACCAGAUACCAUGGUACAUGAUGUUCGUAAAGGCAGUUCCCAAAAAGUGGAGAGUUGGGAUGUAGAUCAAGUGGCAGACUGGCUCAAAUCUGUUGGAUUAGAUUCUGUGUCUAGAAAUUUUAUUGAUCAAGAAAUUUCAGGUGAUAUCUUAUUGGAUCUAAACAUCGACGCUCUAAAAGAACUUGGAAUCACGACAUUUGGAAAACGCUACAAGAUUAUGCAGGCCAUUACUUGUUUGAAAGAGGAAUCUUCUGUGGAGAUUAAUAAACCCACUCCUAAUACAUCCGUCUCAACAAGUGCUAUUUCCAGACCAACAAGCAGAAAAUCCAUCACUAGUCUCAAACGAUCCAAUUCACAAAAUGACUCUUCAUCAGACAUCUUGUAUCAGUAUCCAAGAAAAGCACCUUUGCCACCAGGUGGAAAUUCAUCUUCAAAAUCGUCUGAUUUGAUGCGACCCAUAUCACCUCAAAGUCUGUCUUCGUCAGGCGUCAGCCGAUCAAACACAUUCAAUACAGUGUCAUCUGGAGGAACAUUGAAGAGUAGGGAAAUGAGUCCUGAUCCAAAGGGAUUUCGAAGCCCUAGACGAGUGCUUUCGCAAAAGAGUCAACAAACAUUUGAUAGCAUAGAUAAAGAGCUUUCUCAAUCGCAGAUAUCUGCACACACUACCCCAAUUCAUGCAGCAUCAUCCAUCCACAACACCAGCAGCAUCCAUAACCCCAAAAACGACUGGAUGUCAAUGAGCGAUGUUGCUAGUACGCAUUCUUCUGCAGCCAACAACAACAACAACAACAACAACAACAACACCCAUGCUGCCAUGAACGUGCAUCCCUUAAACACACCCACAGCCUCUUUGUCGUCGUCAAGACAGCCAAUGCAAAUCUCAAAUGCACACAAAUUAUCAGUGUCGUCAUUUGAGGACACUUCUAAUUUGGCAAAUCGACAAUCCACAACAGAAGCGUUCCAAGCGCCUGAACAUGAAGGGUGGUUACAUAAGCAAAGUGAUAAAUACAAGACCUGGAAUAAGCGUUGGUUUGUACUCAAAGGAUCCAAUUUGUUUUAUUUCAAGAGCCCCAAGGAUGUGCGUAUGAAGGGCAUCAUCAAUUUACGAGGCUACAAGAUUAUUGUGGACGAGACAAUUCAUGCUGGAAAAUACUGCUUCAAGGCUCAACAUGACAGAGAAAGAACAUUCUUCUUUUACACAGACACGGAAGAGUCAAUGCGAGUGUGGCUAAAGAUGCUCAUGAAGACGACCAUUGCACGCGAUUUCAGAGCACCCGUCAUGUCCUCCAAUCACAUUGCCACUGUAUCUCUGGACGUAGCUCGUCGUAUGAGACCAAGACCUCCUUCAGUCAUCAUGUACAAGAAUCAAAAGCAGCUGAAAAUCAACAAUGAUCCUAAAAUGUCCAUGUUGGAGGAAGAAGAGGAGUCUAAUGUUGCAGCUGUGGAUCAACACGCAUCCACUUCACCCGUCCCACAAUAUAGACAGACCCGUGAAUCUGGUAUCACCAUGUAUCAGCAGCAGGGCGAGGGAGAUGAAGUGGAGGAAGAGGUUCCCCAGCUACCGAGCCACUAUCCUACACAACAACAGCAGCAAAUGCACCGCCAAAUGAUGCUUAACGAUGAAGAAGAAGACUUGAUUGAUCCUCAGCAUCGCAGUCUGCCACUGAGCAGUUCGCUGAGCGUGACAUCCAGUAUCUCCAACUCAAACAGCGGUGAUGAAUGGUCUAGCGAGCAAUACAUCAAUUGGAUCAAUGCCUAUCUUCCUGCUGGUAAAAAGGCCAUUGAUCUUACAAGCGCUUUCCGCAAUGGCGAUACCUUGAUUCAGCUUUUGGAAGCCAUCAGUCAGAAAGAAGUGCGUAGACCUCCUGUCCAAAAGGGCGGAUCCAUGAGUGUGAUGAUGCUUGAUAACAUUGUUGCAGCAUUCAAGUUUAUGGGAAGAGAAGGCGUUGAAGUUGAUGGUCGUUACACUAUCAAGGAUGUCUUUGGCGGCAAUGAGGAAAAGAUCAUUACCAUGUUGGAAGCCAUCAAAACGUGGGCAGAUCAUACGUAUCCCAUGAAUACAGCAGCAAUCAAAAAUGACAUGAUGACCCCUCCUCCUCCUCCUGCCAAAAAAUCAGAUACAUCCGUCUUGAUUGGCAAAGACAGUGGAUGGAGAGGCUCUGCCAUGAUGGAUAACCGCCAUACAUUUUCAGACGAUGGAUUCUAG